AAUAAUUGGGCGGGGUACUGUUUCCCUCAGCCGUUACCUGAUUGGUACCAGAGAAUGAAUGAAGCUAUGAAGAAGAUCUUGUCACAUUGACUUGAAAGCCACCCGAGAAACUCACAAAUCCACUCACGUUUUGCAGAUAAAGGAUUCACAUCUUCAAUCCAUGCUUUAUAAAUUCAAACCUCUCUCAGUUUGAUUAUGUAUUCCACCUCUGUCACUCCAUGGCAGAACUGCUGCUACUGUCCAAUUCCCACCCAGAUUACCUCUCCAAACUCUCUUCAUUUCCCUAAGAAACCCAUCCGCCUCACUCUCAGCACCGCCGCCUCCUCCGUCGCCGCCACUCACAGCUGCUGCACGGAGCGCGGAGAGCAAAAACACAUCCGGAAUUCUGAAGACCCGGGUCGAGAAAGCCUGGUGUCUCAUCAAGAUUGCCUCUUUUCCGUGGAUGAGCAAGAUAUACCCCGCGAAGAAGACAACAGGGAACCGGAAGAGAGAUUCAGGAAUCCCUUGGCCGUUUUGGCAAGCAUGUGGUGGGCAGGAGUGAAAGCUGCAUUGGGGCAGAGGAUUAAUGUGGAGGGUGUUGUUUCUUCUCUUGGGAUUUUUGCCAAGGACAAGUAUUUGGUGAUCCCACAUAUAUCUGUGCCGGAUGUAAGGUACAUUGAUUGGGCUGAGCUGAAGAGAAGGGGCUUUGAAGGAGUGGUCUUUGAUAAGGACAACAGCAUCACUGCUCCUUACUCUUUGCGCUUGUGGCCGCCUUUGAGAUCAUCCAUAGACCAAUGCAAAGCUCUGUUCGGCGACAACAUUGCGGUUUUAAGUAACUCUGCUGGACUUAUAGAAUAUGACCAUGGCUUCAGAAAUGCAAGGAUUCUUGAGCGUGCUAUUGGAAUUAAAGUAAUCAGACACAAGGUGAAGAAGCCAGCUGGAACAGCUGAAGAAAUUGAAAGGCUGUUUGGCUGUGAAUCGUCAAAGCUUAUCAUGGUAGGUGAUCGGCCUUUCACAGACAUCGUGUAUGGAAACCGAAACGGUUUCCUAACCGUUUUGACUGAGCCAUUGAGUCUUGCUGAGGAACCUUUCAUUGUAAAACAGAAAAAACAGGCCAUGGACUGACCGUGAAUCAAACCACGAGGAAGGCACUAAAUCACUUACUCAGCUCCCUGGCUAUGUAAGAAGGAUUUAUUGAGUUGUCUGACUAGUCUCAUAAAGAAGGUCUAUCUGUUUCUAUGAGAGGAUGAUCAUUACAUUAGUCGCUAGAUAAAUGUGAUAUUAGUAAUAAAAGUAAAUAAUGAUGAACAGAUUCAAUUAUCCGAUUAAAUGGAUAUGAUUUUA